AUGGCGCGGCGCACUUCGACCUCCUCCUCUUCGACCUGCGAGGUUGUCGAUGUCGACUCUACGGGCACGAGUGCUGGCGAACCGACGGGACGAGGUCGACGUAUACGCAAGCCGACUCGACGCGACGACGAGCUCGUGCAGGCCAGCACCACCACCAGGAGGGCGCUUACUGCGGCUGCGGCUGCGACUGCGACUGCGACGGCUGGCACGACCAAGGCCAAGAGGGGGAGACCGAGGAAGGUCGUUGUCCCACCUCGGGAGCAGUCGAUGGAACGCGCCGACGUUGACGACGUUGACGACGUUGACGGGCACGACUCGCUGGCCACGGUCAAGUCCGCUUCGACCGUCGCCCAACAAGCCGUCGAGCUACCCGACCUCAUCAACCCCAUCGUCGAGGUACCUCCACCUACUCCCGAGGUCGUACUCGCGCCGAUGCUCGACCCUUCACCGUCGUCGCCUCCUCCUCUCCCUGUCCGUGUUCCCGUCGACGUCGCACCACAGCCCAAACAACCCGUUGCACGAUCCUCACCACCAUCCCUCAUCGAACCAACAGAAGUCAUCAUACUACCCGCGACGUCGUCCUCGCAACCGGAUCUCCCAGAUGCGGCUGCACCCCAGCCCAAGUCCAGCGCACGAGCUCGUCCUCCUCCCCCACAACCUCUCUCGCACCCCUCGCACCCCUCGCACCACCACCACGACUCGGAUUCAGACGAGGUCGACGAUUUCUUCAUGAGGAGGAGACCCGCACCUAUCGCUUCGAGGGCUCCACCUAAUUCGGCUGCGGCGGGGGGCAAGGGCAGGAGAGCACCUAUGAGGAGACCGGGUGGGGGGACGCUCCACCACUCGGCUAGUUUGGAUCCCGAGGCGGCGAAUGCGAACGCUGGGCCUUUGACGAGUGAGUAGAUCCCCGAGUGUUUCAUGUGCUACAGGUGCAGAUCGUCUGACAAAAGAAUCUUGGUGUGUGGUUGAGGUAAAUCACCGGCCGAGAAAGACCUCUCCCCUCGACCCGCCUCGACCCCACCUCCUCUACCUUCCGACUCGUCGUCGUCGUCCUCUUCUUCAGACAUUGAAGUCAUCGAGGAUCCCGGAGACCCCGCCCUCGAAUUUGGCAAUCGCAAAAUCAACUUGCCUUCCUGGGCUAGGCAGUCUUCACCGGGGAAAGUGCACGGCAACAAAAAGCGAGAUCGCUCGGUCUCGACCGUACCGCCGCCGGCCGAGGCGAAGGGGAAAUGGAAAGGCAAGGCAAGGGCUGAGCAGAGGGACAGUAGCAGUGAGGGUUUCUUCAUCGCGAGGGACGAAGAAGCGGACGAUGUGGGAGCGAGAAAGAGGAACAAGAAGGAGGGGAGGAGUGGGUACAGCUCGAGUACGGGUAGGAGCAGGAGUCAAAGUCGUAGCUUGACGCCGCCGGAGGAGGUGUCGAGUGAGGUACUGCAGCAGAUUCUGCGUGCGGCUCAGUGAGUGCUCGGAAAUUGGUACGGUAUUAGCUGGGCUCUCGCUGACGAAGCUCAUUCUCUCUGGGCAUAGUGGCGAACUCGGCGCGUCGCUCGCUUUCAAUUCGUCCCCUUCAAAAGACGACGAGCGCUCACGCCACUCGUCCGUCGACUCCACCGAUGCCGACCUACCUCCCGAGAUGCACGAGCUACGGUCAAAGCACUCCCUCCGUGCCCCGACGCAGGAUCCCACGGGCGCCAUUGGGAGCAGCGCACAUGAAGUUGACGUCGUCGCGCCUUCGGAAAUGAUCGUGCUGCUGAUUCGGUUCGCGCUCCAAGUGGACCUCACCGCUUCGGCGAGCGCGACGCGCUGGACCGAACCUUGGUCGAUGAAGCUCGGUUCGAACGCGCAGUUCGGCGAGGUCUUCAAGACUCUUUCGAGCAGGUACGGGCUUCGGGACGACGAUUUGGUCUUGACGUUUCGAGGCAGGCGCGUUUAUAGGUUCGGGACGCCGAGGAGCUUGAAGAUGUGUGGUGGAGGGGAGGAGAAUGAGCUGCGGGCUUAUCGGGUCGAGCUGUGGGAGGAAGUGGAGGAGUUGAGGAAGAGGAGGGUCGGGCUCGAAGCGGAGCGAGAGAAGGCCACGGAGGAUGGUGCAGCGAGGCUAGGUGGGGAACAGAUGCUGCUGAGCGAGGGAGAUGACCAGGAUGAGGUCGAACUCGUGAGGAGCAACGGCCAAGUGGACAUGCGAUCUUCACCUCUCCCGGAACUUCGUUCGUCGACAACGGGAGCUCGAGAACCCGAUUCGCCCGAUCAGGAUCAGCUCAUCCGUCUCACCGUUCGAGGAGGCCCCAAAUCCUCCUUCGGUUUCGCCGUCAAACCGACCUUUCCACUACGCAAAGUGUUGGCGUGGUAUUGCAAGAAGGCAGGGAUCGUAGAUGCUAAAAGGAUCGCGAGGAUGUCGCUCCAAUGGGAUGGGGAAAAGUUGGAUUUGGAACAGACGGUCGCGGAUAUUGACGAGUUUGAAGAUGAGGAUACGUUGGACGUCAAGGGCUGA